GCAGAUACUACAUCUUUCUUGAAAUAUCAAAUAAACUGUCCUAAUGAACUAAAUCACUGAUAAUUACUUCUGGCUCAUUAAUUCUUUCCCUCAAUAUUUAUUUUAUUUACUAUCAAAAGCUGUAUACAGUUCGGUUGUAAAUGUUUUUUCUUUUUUUCAAAUCAUGUCGCUACGUGGAAAUAAGACUUGAGUUUUCAAGCAUUAGCCGCAAUCGCGAGGAUCAACAUUUUAUUUGGAGUUCAUGUAGUAACUUAAUUAAAAUAAGAAAGUAACAAGGAAGAUCAUUUUGUCACGACUUAACCUGCGAUCUUGUGCAGCAUUUUCGAGUACACUUGUAAUAGGAAGUAAUUUUAUAACUUUUUCAGAUGCAUAUUACAGCUCGGUUACUUUGGUUUGUAAGAAACUCAUGGAGUAUCCCCAAAGCAAGAUUUAGCACAUUACCAAAAGACGUAAUUGUGUUUGCCGAUGAUGGAACAGCAGUGUGCUGGCAUCCAGAGCAAACAUUUCCUUAUGAAUUUUCCAAAUCUUUGCCAGAAACAAAAGUCGUAUCUAAAUCUGUUUUGAAAAUUGGAGAAGCUGAUGUAGCUAGUGUAUUUCAAAAGCAAAAACCUGAGCAAGUCGUUCAAGAGCUUGCUAACUUGACUUACACUACUAAACACAGAUGGUAUCCAAGAAGUAGGGAUAACAGAGCUAAGAAAACUCCCAUGGAUCGUCCAUAUUUGUAAAAAAGAAAUAGUUUUAAUACAAUAAACAUAAUCAUGUCAGAUUAAUAAAAAGACCAUGUAGCAGUCAAUAUAUAUAUAUUUUUUUUGAUAAAA